AUGCCCUCCCAACCCACGAACCGCGACUUCCAAUCCGCGAAGAACAUCGAGCCCCUCGACGAACACAACACCCAGUCCGAGGACGCCGCCACCCAGCCCUCCUUCUCCGGGCCCGGGGCCCACACCUCGGCCGCGUCGACGACCAAGCCGCAUGGCAACAAGAUUUUGAACAAGCUGGAUCCGCGGUUCGAUAGUGAUAUGUUGGAGGAGGAGCAGCAGCAGCAGCAGCAGGAGAGGCAAGGGUUCGGACGGCAGAUCAACGAGAAGUUGGCUGUUAAGCCAGGAUAGAUUUCACUGUACUAUAUCACGAACAUAUUCACAAUGAAGAUUAAACC